UUAGCCUACCGCGGCGCGCAGCUCGCAGCCGGAGAAACAGCAGCGGGCUCCGAUACUGCUCCUCUACCCGAUGGCACAGAGCAGCAGGUACUGAAGUGUCUCCGCCACCGCGGUGCUUUACCGUGUCCGUGCACGCCUGAAAAAUAGCAUACAAGGCUCCAUAGGCUGUGUGGAAAAUGGCCGAGACAGAAUUAUACAUGCAGUGUGAGGAGGAGGAGUUUGUGGACUGGAGUGAAGAAGGCAAGCAACAACUUCUCGCACAAAAUGGACACGAAGAUGUCUCACCAGAACCAGUUGCUUUUGCUGCGCAGUCCCCUGUGUCUGAGAACAUCAAGCCAACAGAUUUGACAGUUACUGCUGCUCCUGUUGUAUCCAAGCAGGUGAUGUCCAGUGUUCUGCAGCCUGCUCAGUUUGCUGCAGGUGGCACACCUGGUCAGCCUGUCUUCAUUACCUCACAGAUGUCUCCAGUUGCUCCUCAGAACAUUACAACCCCAUUAGGUUUCGUUUUACCCAGAGCUACUGGACAAUCUUUAGCAUUUCUAACUCCAGCUCAGACAGGCCAGAUCAGCACCACCCAGUUGGCUUCUCCAUCAGGCACACCACAACCAGCACCUUCAGAAAAAUACACCACGGUUCAGAUCCCAGUCAACCUUACCAUUUGCGGUCCAGCUGGUGUUCAAAACAUCACUGCUUUGGCUUCGGUGCACGUUACCAGUCCUCCAUCUUCUGCGGCUCCUACAGUUGCAUCUUAUGCGGUCAAUUCAGAAGUUAGGCCUUCAGGGGUUAUAAGAGCUCCACUGGCAGGGCUAACUCCCUCAGUUCCUGCAGAAAAGGCCACCCUCACGGCACCUGUGGCAGGACCCACCCUAACAGCUCCUGGGCCAGCCUUUAUAUCUUCAGCGGCAGUGGCAUCCCACACAAUUGCAGCAACAGCAGCAACCCAUACAGUUCCCUCUGUGGCAUCCACUUGUGUAAUUCCCACAGCAACAUCAACUCUUUCAAAUCCAAGAACAGCUAACACCCAGGACGCUUCUCGUAAACAACGGGUUCUGACCCCAAAACCAAAGAAGCGCAGGGCUUCACGUACUGUUACUCAAGAGGAACAGGAACUGCCUGUUAUUACACGCGUAUUUCAGGGUGCAUCCAGACCACCACAGACCUGCUCUGUCUGUGCUGUUCCUUAUAAAAUUGUUCCGUCUCUUCGUGGAUAUCUGUGUCUAUGCAACCAGACACUUGUAAAUGGCGUCCAGGCAUUGUCAGUUAAGCUCAGGAAAAAAAGGUUAAGACGUGUCUCACACAGGAGCCCUACGAGCCCCUCUGCCAGUGGAAAGCAUCCAUCAACUUCUCCUCCUUCUUCUCCUCAUCCCCCUUCUUCUGAAACUUUGAAACACAUUACCACCUCUGAGAUACCAGAAGGUGCUCCCAGUCCUGACACUGGGGACUGUGAUCAGCACAGCAAGCUCAUCAUACUGGUUGAAGACUUCUUCUAUGGGAAGGACCCUGGUCAGCCUGUCCUGAUAGAGAAUAACCAAGUGCCUAUCAUGAUGAAAUGCGUGCUGUGUGACAAAAAGCUGAAGAACAACAUCAAGCUGAUGAACCACAUGAAGCAUCACAUGGAAAUUGAACGCCAGAACAGUGAUAAGGACUGCCACACUGAAUGCCUGCAUUGCUACCGUAACUUUUCCUCACCUUUCACCUUGCAGUGCCACGUUGAGACUGUCCAUAGCCAAGUAGAAUGCACAGCCCUCUGUAAGAUCUGUGAAUUGUCCUUUGAAAAUGAGCCUGUCUUUCUGAAUCACAUGAAACAAAUGCACAAGCCUGGAGAAAUGCCAUACAUCUGCCAGGUCUGCAAUUUCCGCUCGUCGUUCUACAGUGAUGUUGUAAUUCACUUCCGAGAACUCCACAAGGACACAAACUUCCUGCAGUGCUCUUAUUGCCUCAAAGUGUUCAAGUCCAGCAACAGCUACCAGUUACACUACAGCAAGCACCAGAGAAAAACAAUCCAACAUUGUGACAAGUGCCGGCUUCACUUCCUUUAUACAAAAGAGAAGUCAGAUCACAAGGCUUUAUACCAUCGGACUCAUCUCAAACCUGUGCAGCUGAUGGGGCUUAAGCCUGGCACCAGGGUAACCAUCCGGGCUUAUUCAACCAAUAAGGGAGACGAUGACUCUUCCCUAAAGGCACACAACUCAAGUCCCCCUCUGAAGGUCCCUCCAUCUUCUUCAGCAUCAGCUUCAGUUGCUGUACCGCCUGCUAAGAGGAAGCCUGUUGAAAGCAUGCUGGAACUCAUGACUAAGUUUCAGAGUCAGUGCAAAUCAGUGAAAAAACAGUUCUGCAUGGAGUGUAACUAUGAGAUUCCAGAUUUUUCUGUGCACUUUCCUACCUUUGUGUGCUGCUCCUUGUGCCACUAUUGCACCUGCUGUUCCAGAGCUUAUGCCAACCACAUGAUCAGUAACCAUAUUCCUCGCAAAACCCAGAAUAAAUACUUGAACUUGUACAAGCCUUGCCCAAAAUUGGGUCAGCUAAGCUGCAGUUUGUGUAGUUACACCACUAAGGUUGGGGACUCCAUGGCCAAACAUCUGGCAGACAACCCUGAUCACUGUUCCAGCCAUUGCAAGUUCAGUGGAGGAUUUUCUCGUGGCUACAAAAGAUUUGUCUUCAUACCAACAGAUCUAAUUCGUCAACAUCACAGGCCUGCUUCAAGGACCCUUCUGCCUUUCCGUGUGGUGCAAGUGGGUCAGCGUUCACUUUCUUACCCCAGUAAACCUGGCACUCCUAAUCAAUGCAUUAACCUUCCUGUUAGCACUGCCCACAUGCCAUCAAUUCCCAUUCAGGAGCAACCUGUUGAUCAGAGCACUGUGCCUGAUGAGAACUGCGGCACACGGCCGAAGGAUUCAAGUGGGCCUUCCAGUGGUGCCCAGUCUCAGCAAGAACAUGCAGUGGGAGGGUCACUGACUUUAACACAACUGAAGAUGUUGCUCUACGCCCUGUGCUUCGGUGUUCCUCAGGCAGCUAACCAUUUUGACACUCAGCCAGAGGAAGUUCAGUCCUUGUUGCUUAAGCGUCGGAAUCAGCUCGGGCCCCCGCACAGCAGGGAGGGAUUGAUUCCUCGAGCGAGUGACCGGCUAGCUGAAUGGGUGUUGUGUCAGCGUGAGCAGCAGCUGCCUGUGAAUGAGGGGAAACUUUUCUCCAAAGCUUCAGAGAUCAUGAACAAAGUUGGUGGGCCAGGGAUCUCAUACGAGUGGGCGGUGGAUUUCCUCUUGCGCUAUAAUCUUGAUGUCCAUGCAUUGUCCGUCUGCAGCCGACUGCUACCUCCCAAAUCUCAGGAACAUGUGCACUCUUUUACUCGCAUAAUUACUAAGCAGGUCUCCUCACAGGGCUUUGCUCAGUCCUCCAUUGGUGCUAUGGAUGAGUUUUCUAUAUUCAUAGACAUGGAGCAGCUAGAUCCAGCCUCUGCUGAUUCCUCCUCCAUGAUGUCUGCGUUUCAGUUGGUUGGUGAAACAGACCUGCUUAUGGACAUGGUGUUCACAGGCUUGGCUGAUGGCACAAUGUUACCUACCAUGGUGUUUCUCAAAGGUGCUCCCCUCACCUCAAAUGUGCCAGCUCUGCCAGGCUCCAUUAUCUUAGAGGCAAAGCCAGAGGGCUUCUCAGAUGAGGAAAGACUCCAGCUGUGGUUUAAGCGAGUGUGGCGUCAACAUGUGGACCCUGGCUCUGGAGGGAAGGGGUUGCUGGUUAUGGACUCUUACCGUGGACACAUGUCUGAUGACUUCUUGGCGACGCUCAACAGUGCCAGUACCCUGCCAGGCAUAGUCCCACGCUCCUGCUCAUGCUGUUUGCAGCCCCUGGAGGCUGGGGUCUGGCCUGUGUUGCGAGAGUUCCUGCAAGCUCGCUGGAGCCAGCAUGUGAUGGAAGCACCACAAGAUCUUAUUGGUGCACAACCCGCUAACCUGGCUCUUCUGCUCGCGUCCUGGCUCACUGAGAUGCUGGAUGUUUUGGCAGCAAAGCCACAACUCCUUCAGCGUAGUUUUGAUCAGGUGUUGAGCUGCUCUGCAGACAUGGCACCUGAAGAGGUUUCUAAGUUGGCUCGUAGUCUGUCAGAAGCACUCGCUGUUAGAGCUGUGAAGGAAAAUGAAGCUGAGGAAGAUGUGUGGUGUGCGGAGAAGAGCAAUACUUUAGACAUUACUUUACCAAGCCCAUUGCCUUCCCCGCCGUCCAAUUUCCAAUCUUUGAAAAAUAUCUUUGAGAAAGACAGCGAUCUAGAAUCUUUCCUUGGCUUUGAAGAUUCAGAAAUGACAGACUGUUAAUUUCUAAAAAAUACUGAGAUUUGGCAUUUUUCUGAUGCAUGGUACCUAACACUAAUUAACCUACUCAUUUCUACUCACUUUUUGGUACCUGAAUGCCUGGUGCAUUUUCCAUAAACACACUUCUGAAAGGAUUAUGUUCCUUUUUUUUCCAGUUUUUGGCUGGAUGAAUGCAAAUAGAAUAUUCACUCUGGUCUGUCAACUCUCUGCAAGGUUUACAUGUCAUACCUUAGUCCAUGCUUGGCUCAUAUAAAAGAUGCAAAAAGGUAGCAGGUACCAAAUUUGCCUAAUGGAGAAGCAAAUGCUAUGUAGAGUACUCAAGUGGAGUAGCAUUGAUACCAUGCAACAGAAAAGUGCCAUUUGUUGCUUUAAGUAAGUCAGUUUUAUGACCAACUUUCAACACUGUUUUACAUACUGAUGAUUUUGGUUUUGGCUGAGAAGAUUGUGUUAUUAAUGUAAUCGUCAAGAAGCCUUCUCUGUAUUUUGUUCCUUGUAAAAGCACUACAACAAAGCAAUAGAAACAUUUGGGCAGCUUAUCCUUUGGAAGGAAAUAAUUUUUUGACAUUAUUCAAAAUUAGUUUGCAUAUGUAAAUGUGCACUAAAUUAUCACAGUUUUAAAGUAUGUUGUGGACAGUGAACAAACAAUGCAGAUCAGAAAUGUGUCCAUAUCUAGAAACAGAAUGCAGAGAGCUAGGCUGGUGUGGAAGUAAGAUAAACACAGCUAAAGGAAUGUGUUGCAGCAUGUUUUAGCCAUAUUUUAACAAACAAGUAAAACCUUAGUGCACCUUUACAUAUGUUUUGAUCAGCCAUAGCUUUCAUAUUUCUGUACAAAUUAUGACUGUCAUGUCAGGUUAUUGACUACUGAACUGAAUUCUUUUUUUUUUUGUGUAGACAUUGUUAUUCACCUGUUUUCUCAUUAAGUAUUCUGUUCAUAACUAUAUAAUGCAAAGGAACAAAAUUACUCUAUCAGUCAUACAAAUGGUAUAAUCUAUGGUUGAGGGCUGCUUGUUCAUAAUUAAAGGGCUGUCUGUUGUAAUAAAGCAUUUUUAUUGUA